AUGUUUGGAGUAAUCUUUUUAAUUGUAGUUGUGCUAAUCUUGUUCUAUUUGAUUGGAGGUGGGCUCCUUGAGCACUAUAAGAUACACGUUAUUCAUGAAACAGGAUUAGGUAUCAUUAUGGGUAUGAUUGUAGGAUUUAUUUUCUAUCAAGCCGAUUACGAAUUCUACUCAAGUAGUAUGAUAUUUGAAGGUGAGCUCUUCUUUUACUUUAUCCUUCCACCCAUUAUUUUUGCAGGCGGUUACAACUUGAAAAAGCGUCGUUUUUUCCAAAAUUUCUUCUACAUUAAUAUAUAUGGAUUACUUGGUACUAUAGUCAAUUUCAUAGUAGUAUGGCUCUUAACUUAUGCUGUUAACGAAGCAGGUUUGAUUCGUAGAUAUAGUGAUUUUUCUCAGUCUGUAACAUUAUCAACAAGAGAUAUCCUUCUGUUUUCUGCUACUAUAUGCGCUACAGAUAGUGUAGCUGCCUUAGCUAUGAUUAAAUCAGAGAAAUAUCCAAAAUUAUUUAGUGUUAUUUUUGGUGAAGGCAUGGUAAAUGAUUCUGUAUCAAUUAUUCUAUAUAAGGCUGUCUUGGAUUUAGUUGGCGACUCAUCUGAACCUCAGCCUAUAACUUUCACUUUCCUUAACUUCUUAAAGAUGAUUGGUGAAUUCCUUAAAAACUCAGUAUGCAGUUUAGCUAUUGGUCUUGGUUGGGGUCUCUUAGCUACUUUAGUCAUGAAAAAAUUUAGGUUUUUGACACAUAAUCCAGUAGUUGAAACAGUUGUUGUUUUACUAUUUGGUUUUGGUGCUUUCGCUUCUUCAGAAAACCUAGAUAUGUCUGGUGUCAUUUCAAUUUUAGUAUGUGGUAUUAUCAUGUCUCAUUACCUUUUCUAUAACAUAUCAUCAACUGGUAAAGUAACAACAGGUGUCACUUUUUCAAGUAUCUCUAUUAUUGCAGAAUCAGCUCUUUAUAUCUAUUUGGGUAUCGUCUUCUGGUAAACAAAGGGAGAUCCUCACAAUCCAAGCUCUUAUGCAUGGUCAUGGACUUUCUUACUCAUUGAAUUGGCUAUUGCCUUUUUCGCUCGUUUUGUGAGUGUUUUUGUAGUUUCUUGGAUUUUCAUGCUAAUUAAGGGCAAAUAAAAAUGGAGAUUAAAUAGAUAUGAAAUGGGUAUUAUUUGGUUUGCAGGUAUUAUUAGAGGAGCUAUUGCUUUUGCAUUGAUUUAGAAUGUACCUUAAGAUGAUUCAAAUCCUUAGGCAACACAAGUUAUUUAGAGUACAACUCUCUUUAUUGUUAUAAUCACAACUAUUGUCUUAGGAGGUCUAAUGCCUUUUUAUAUAAAUGUCAUGCUGAAACAAAUUUCAAAGAAUCCUAAGUAUCAUGAAAAUCAUCCUUCUAUUCGUGAUAGUUUGGUUGGAGAAUCAAAAGAAAGUAGAGAAUUCAAAAGCAAGAGUCAGACAAAGUGGAAAUUAUUUGAUGAAAACUUUAUCAAACCUUUGUUCAUUUUCGACUAUGAAAAUAGAAAAGAGCAAAUUAAGAUGGAAAAACAAAAGCUUAAAAUGAACAGCUCACAGUUUGAUGCUGGAUAUAUAAAAGAAUAGGAAUAGGAAAUGGGUCACCAAGAAAACGAAAAUGAAGAAAAUCAUCAAGAUUAACAAGAUCAACAGCAACAAGAAUUGCAAAUUGGAAAUGAUAAUGGCUAAGAAGAAAAUUUCAAAUAAAUAUCCAGAGCAAACAUGAAUAAGCAAGCAGUUUAAUCAAUCAAUUAAGAUCCAGAAAAUCAUAGUAGUAAUGAACAUAUUUGA